AUGGAUGCGGAUCCAAGUAGUUCGCGCCGCUCAGCAACGCCGCAAGCAACCAGUCGAGAUUUGCGAGCUAGAACCCCCCGUGCGCGUUCUCACAGACGCAAGCGACGUGGAUCUGGUGUCGAAGAUGAUGACGCAGAACUCAUAUCAGCGUAUGCAGUUCGAGGCUCUUCGAGGACGCAGCAGCCUCGAACACCGCAAAGACUUGUCAGCGAACUCCCUCCAGAUUACGCUUGGAACAGAGCAGUAACUAUCACACCCUCAUCGCCUGACAUGAAUCCUGAUGGGGAUUCAUCACCCGAAAUACCCAUUCCAAUGCCCUUACCAAGCCCCGAAAUGCAGGGAGCGUCCAUAGAUUUCGCGCAGAUGCCCACACCUGCCACAGAGGACACACCACUUCCCCAGCCGCCAGCCACUCCGAUGGAAUUUAUGGCCUCUACCCCUUCAAAUAUGCAGACACCGCGCCAGGAUCUUUUAUUACUGCCAGAUACGGCUCGCUCUUCCUCUGAGCCAGUACAAGAGAGAACAACCGUGGAGGUGGAGCCAGUCAACGCUCAGGGGUCCACCCCAUCGGCGAGCGAAGGCACUACGAGCAAGAAUGGCACCCCGCAUCAACAACCGAAAAGGCAAAACAGUGUUCCCCUUGCUUCGAGUUCAGUUUAUGUGCCCAAGCGCUACCCACCGCCUGACGCACCUCGAAGGGCCACGCGCAACUCUGCAUCGGCUACUUCGCAGGGGAAUGAAGAUCAAAAGGAGGAAGAAACAAGAGGCGAGAAUUCUGUCAAGGCCUCUGUCGAAACUUGGAUCACGACUGCGGACACGGAUUGGACCCUGGCUCCGCCACAAAUGGAGGUCAGCUUGGCACAAAUUCUGCCAAGUGACUUUACGCCCUUGCCAUGGAUGCAUCUCACAAGGCACCCGAUCGCGUGGGAUGGGGUAACCGAUGCAGGAGGCAAAUCCGGCCGGAAAAUUGUGAUCAUUGGGGCCGCAGCGUCGAAAGUCUCUGUAAAUGGCAGAUUGCCGGACAGAAACGAUGCAGAAACUCUCCAUGAAGGUCUUCACCUCCUCAAGGACUGUGGAGUGGAUCAGAAACCGACAUAUUCAUACGCCUUGAUAACGCGGAUGGCGAUUCUCGGUUCCCCUUUCAAAGCUCUCAGUCUUGCCGAAAUCUACACUAUGCUGGAAGCCAAAUAUCCGUGGUACACCAAGGACGACAAGUGGAGGGACUCGAUACGAUACAAUCUGAGCAGCAACAAUUGGUUCAUGAAAACAAAGCGAGCACUCCAUCAGCCUGGACUUGGAAAUCUUUGGCAAGUUGACGAGAAGAGUGUGGGAGGCCCGAAACGUCCCAGAAAGGGUCGUGGCAAGAAUGGUGGAAACGAUGAAGAGGAAGACGAUUCUUCGACAGACUCUCCACCACCGACCCGUAUCAUAGCAGAGAACAGUGACGGAUCAAUGUUGCUCGCUUUUGACAGCAAGCGACGCAUCUCAUCAGGAGGGAGUGGCGGCGAGCAAGCUGGACCAUCAUCCUUCCCUCUGUCCGCUGCACGGGCAUAUUCCAAGCGCCCAUACCAGAACCUCUUUACGAAUGUCCCUCUGCCUCUCUCGCGACCCAGAUCAAUGUCGCCAGCUUCCGCAGAACGAUUGGCGGAAACAACCCGAGAAAGUGGAAAACCUCCUUCACCUACUGGCUCUGCACCGCCCGGAGUUGCUGUUCCAACUUUGACCUCCCCCACUGACGCACCUCCGACGAGCCACACGCGCAGAUCGUCUACAAACGGGGAAGAUGCUCCUUUGAGUUUGGCUCGUGGGUCAGGGGUCGCGAGUUCGCCUUUUGCUACAACACCAGUGGGCUCCGCCUUUGCACAAGCAUCGUUGGGAGGAACCUCCUCGACCACACCCGUCUUCAUGAAUGGCCCUCGUCAUGCCCAGCCGGGUUCGAACCGUCAAUCUUUGCCCGCUUAUUCACGUCCACGGCACGGUGGCGGCAAGCCAUCGCAGAUUAACAAAAGAAUGGUCGUCGCUAUGCGCCAGCCGCCCUCACGUAAACAAGGCGAUGCGAAUACACCCGCACCUCCUUGGCUCACUCCAGGCGGUGAUGACUCUGAACCAGGUAUUGGUAGUGGCCAAGAUGAAGAGGAAGAGGAUGAUGACAUUGAUAUCGAUGCCUUCGAUGAACCUCUUGACCCCGGGCAUCCGGACGAGGAUAUGCGUGACGCAGUGACUGGAACAGCGACUUCUGACGUCGAGAUGCUGGAUAGGGCCUCGGGUGCAAACCCCCGUCAGAGACAAGCUAGAGCCUCCGAGCAGCCUGCGACGCCUAUGGACACAGAGACCGAGGCUGCAAGUGAGAACCAACCGCUGCGUCAUCCGUCCACAAGCGAAGAACAUAAAUCGGUUAAUGAAUCUGCAAAACCGCAGACUUCGACCGAUAGCGCCCUAUCGAACGCAAACCCGCCCUCGGCCAUGAGUCGCGAUAAUAGUCUUCUCCAUCCCUCACUUCGUACUUCCUUCAUACAUACUCCGAAACCUCCAGUUUCAGUGCCACGAAAGAUUUCCAUGGCUGUAUCUGCAGACAUUCCUCGGACAAGUCUGCGACCUAUCGCUCCCAAACAAGACACGCCGCCCCCAAGAUCGAUGUCUAUUAGCGGAAACCCGAGUGGAAAGGAGAAGAGCGACAGCCCAUGGGCUCAGCCACCGGAUACUCGAAAGAGGAAGAUUGUCCCCUCUUCUCCUAGCCACGAAAAAUCGCGAGUCACCGUUGAGAGCUCACAGCAUAAAUUCAGGAAAAUAGGGGAAAAGGGUCAGUCUCGCAAAGUCGCCAAUACCAUAAAUCCAAUGUUCCAGAUCGACUCAAAGCCACGCAUGGCACCUCCCUCUGCGCGGGCCCAAGAGACGAGUAAACCUCAGAAAAGAGCAUUUGGAUUCACAACGGACUCGACAAGUCGCUCUUUUGCGACUCCUGCUGCACCUGCAAUUCCUUUCUCGCAUGAGAAGCGCACUUCGUGGUCUAUCCAGACUGGAGCCGUCGCUUUUGGUCAACAUAGUUUAGCACCUACACGGAGUGCCUUUCAGCCUCCAGAUUCCGGGGUGCUUGGGCAACUAGAGAAGGGAGGUCAAUCUUUGCGGAAAGUUCAAUUCCCAAUGUCAGCACCUGGUGCGGGGAGCGCCAAAAGAGGGGCUCAAAAUGAGAGCGACGAUGAUAUGUCUCAAUCGGAAGAUACCGCCAGUAGGUCCACGAGACGGGCUAGUUUCUCCAGAAUGGAUGUCAGCGAAGACGAGCGGGAAUCAACUCGCUCCCACGUCCAGUCUCAUUCAUCCGGAGUCCGUUCUUCGACAUCCUUUCCCUUCCCUCCCCUCGGCCGUUCUGCAACCUCCGCCUCAAGCUCGGGUCUCUCGAUUUCUGUGCCUACAUCCAGCUCUAGGACAGAGCAGGCACCUCCACGUAUCGACACCAAUGUCGCUCUGAUUCGACGACCGCCUUCUCAUGACUCGCCGGUAGCCUCUCCUUAUUCGGACCAACCAACGCCUUCCCCGCGCCUCCCUUCGAUCAACCACAUUUUGUGCUCCUCAUCUCCGACCGGCUCAGGAUCCCCAUUGCCACCCAUUCAAAGUCUCACCCCAAGGCAGUCUCCAUCUGUAGGAUCACCCUCAGAAGUUGACCACGGCUCCCGCCGCCGAUCACACUCUCGGAACCCGUCCACAUCUUCAGUUUCUCAGCAGCCCAGCAAUGUCACCAGCGCGACAAGAACCCCAAUUCUUGUCAAUUCGGCUGGAAAGCCUCUGUAUUAUAUGUUCAUUGGCGCUACUUCCUUGGCGAGACGCACACAGAAGUCAAACGCCGCUCCAUUUUCAAAUGAGCCACCGGCAGACUUUGCUCCAAGAGCCUAUAACCCAGAUAGCUGGCGUGACUAG